CUCGGCGCCCGGGCGUCAGUCGGGCCGCGGCGACGGCGGCAGGAACGCGUCCCGGCGCCGCCUCGGGCUGCGCUCGGCUCGGGGGCUGCUCCGGGAGGAGGGAGCGGGCGAGGCGAGGCGAGAGGCGCAGGGCCGGCGGGCCGGGCGCAUGGCUUAGGACAGCCCGGGCCGCCGCGCCCCCAGCAUGGGGAAACUUCACUCCAAGCCGGCCGCCGUGUGCAAGCGCAGGGAGAGCCCGGAAGGUGACAGCUUCGCCGUGAGCGCCGCCUGGGCUCGGAAAGGCAUCGAGGAGUGGAUCGGGAGGCAGCGCUGCCCAGGCGGCGUCUCUGCACCCCGACAGCUGCGGUUGGCCGGCACCGUUGGCCGAGGCACUCGGGACUCCUGGGCGAAGGUUUUCAGAGAGCCCCUCAGCGAGGAGGAAGAGGAGGACUUCCGGCUGGAAGUGGCCUUGCCCCCGGAGAAGACAGAGGCGCCUGGCAGUGGAGAUGAGAAGAGGAUGGAGAAGGCUGGCGAGUCUUGUCCGGGCUCCAAGAAGCAGCUCAAGUUUGAGGAGCUGCAGUGCGACGUGUCAGUGGAGGAAGACAGCCGGCAGGAGUGGACCUUCACCCUGUACGACUUCGACAACAAUGGCAAGGUCACCCGCGAGGACAUCACCAGCUUGCUGCAUACCAUCUACGAGGUGGUCGACUCCUCCGUCAACCACUCCCCGGCGUCCAGCAAGACGCUGAGGGUGAAGCUCACCGUGGCCCCAGACGGCAGCCAGAGCAAGAGGAGCGUCCUUCUCCAUCCCGCCGAGCUGCAGAGCACCAGGCCGAGAGCGGAGACCAAGCCUGCCGAGGAGCUGCGCAGCUGGGAGAAGCAGCAGCGCGCCCCCCUCAGGUUCCAGGGUGACAGCCGCUUGGAGCAGGCCGGCUGCUACCACCACUGCGUGGAUGAGAACCUCGAGAGGAGAAACCACUACUUAGAUCUCGCCGGCAUAGAGAACUGCACGUCCCAGUUUGGGCCCGGCUCCCCUUCAGUGGCCCAGAAGUCAGAACUACCCACCCGCACCUCCAACCCCGCUCGAUCGCGCUCCCACGAGCCGGAAGCCAUCCACGUCACACACCGAAAGCCCCAAGGCGCAGACCCGGGCUCCUGCCACCUCCUUGACACCCCCUUCGCCAAGGUCUCGGAGCUCCAGCAGCGGCUCCGGGGCGCCCAGGACGGGAGCAAGCACUUUGUGAGGUCCCCCAAGGCCCAGGGCAAGAGCGUAGGUGUGGGCCACGUGGCCAGAGGGCCGAGAAGCAAGCCCCCUCUGGGACCUGCCGUCCCCGCGGGGUCCCCCUCCGCCCACCUGGCCGCCAGCCCGGCUCUCCUCCCCACCCUGGCGCCCCUUGGGUCCAAGAAGCACAAGCACCGAGCCAAGGAGGGCCAGCAGGGCUGCCGGGGCCUGCAGGCCCCGCUGGCCGCAGGCAGCACCGUUCUGGGGCGGGAGCACGCCAGGGAGCUGCCCACCGUGCUGGUGUAUGAGAGCCAGGCCGGGCAGGCGGUCCAGAGACACGAGCACCACCAUCACCACGAACACCACCACCACUACCACCACUUCUACCAGACAUAGAGCCCUGCCCCGCCCCGCCCCGCCCCUGGCACCUGCCGCCCCCCCAAGGCAUUAUUAUUCUAUUAAUUAUUGUUAUUAUGACGGUUAUUGUUAUUAAUAAUUAUUGUUACUCCACUAAUAUUUAGCUAGCCUUCAUGUAGAAGAUAUAUGGAAACACAGAACUAAACUUUUAUUUAUAUGUCGUGGGGACUGCAUAACUCACCCAAGAAAUGACUCUGGGCUUGGAAGUGGCCUGGAGGGGGCAGAGGCCCCCAGGCUGCAGUGCCCACAUGGAUCGCCUCCCACCCCUGCCAGCACCACGGGAGCCCUGGCCAAAACUCUGCCCCAUCCGGACACCCUUACCUGGCCUGGCUUCCAGAGACCCUUGAAGUCUCCGAGAAGAGAAACAGCUGCUACCUCUUAGUAUUAUUCUGAUUUUAUUUUGCCCUUACCUGAUUGUAACGUGCUACAAGGGAUUUCAACGGACUGCAGAUGCGCGGCCUCCUUGCUGUUGUGUUUUUAUUACGUCCCAACCUAGCAACCUUCGCUGUC